UGCACAAUGAAAACAAUGAGGUUGAUAAUCCUUGUGUGUCAGCUUGGCCUAUUUCUGUGGGCUGAUGCACAGAUACCAACCGAUUGCGCCAACAGCAAUACAACCAGAGAUCCAGAAAACUCGGACAUAACUGUUAUCUGCGGCACUCAGCAUAUGGACUUGAGCAUGUACAUUUGCCCAGUGUACCAUGCCCUCUACAAUGAGUCCCUGAUGGUCCUCAACGGCCAGGUCGAUAAACCUGGGUGUUAUGGGACUGCUGACUGGAGCGUUACGCCACCAGUUUUAAAGUUCAGAUUCCCUAUAAAUGAAAGCUCCCUCAUAGACUGCGGAAAUACUUAUACGAUUGCCAAUCAGCUGGGAAGUGGACAAUUUCAAGACUACUCAAAUGUCCAGUAUGUGAACAUCUCUGGCACAGUUACUUCUAUAGACCCCUCUGCUGGUACGAUCACCUAUCGGCGGCAAAUCCUGUACAAAUUCUCCUGCAACUAUCCAAUGCAGUACCUGCUCAACAACACUAAACUCGGCGUAUCAGGGGUGAAUAUUGCCAUAAGAGACAACAAUGGCAGCUUUAUCAGCACGCUGAGUAUGCAGCUCUACGAAGAUUCAAAAUAUGAAAAUAUACUAACUAUUCCAGAGACAGGACUCAACCUUAAAACCAAGAUUUAUGUUGAAGUUGAAGCCACCAAUCUAACCAACAGGUUCAACUUGCUGCUGGACAGAUGCUACGCCACAACAAACCCAUUUCCCACGCAAGCUACCUUUUAUGACCUUUUUGUGGGGUGUACAGUUGACGCUCAGACUAAGGUGGAGCUCAAUGGUGCUUCCCAGAAAGCCCACUUCUCCUUUGAGGCCUUCAGAUUUGUGGAGCACAAAAAUAAGACUAUUUCCACUUUCUACCUGCACUGUGCCACAAGACUCUGUGAGGCGUCCAAGUGUAGUUCAUUACUGCCCGACUGUGAAAACUCCCAAAACAGGAGAAAGAGGGAAGCUAAGGAUGUGCCAACCAAUGCUACAAUUACUUCUCUUCCCAUACUUGUUGGCAGACAGAGCAAUGGAGAGGCCAAACCUUUCUCGGCUUCUCAAGCUGCAACACGUGAGAAGGGCUACAGCACCCCUGUUGUAGCUAUAAUCGUCUGCAUUGUCAUUAUUGCCAUUUUCAUUGUUGGUUUGACUGUUUUCCUUGGACUCCACCUGAGACGAAGAAAAUCCCUAAUGGCAUGAUGUUCUUUGACAUUGGACUAGAACCCUUUUUCUCAUCUUCCAAACAGAGCUGAUAAUAAAGCCAUGAAAGACAAUAGCGAGUCAGGAUAAUGGUGUUGGUGUUUUAAGUGGUGGUAGGGUUUCCAUUUCACAAACAAAGCAUUGUAUCAGAAUAAUCUCCGUCUAAGUUCUCAAUCAACAUACAUCACAUUUUUUUAAUGUGGAGGUGAGGGAUGAAUAUAUAUACAUAAACAAUAACUGUGCACUGUAAUUUAAUGUUAGCUUUAAUCAUGUGGACAGACUCAAGUUGAAGUAUUUAAGCAGAGGUGGUGUCUUCUGUAAUCAGGAAGAAAUUAUCUUUCACCUUCAUUUCACUGAAAAUGGUGAGGAAGGAGAUUUAUUCAUAAAAUGUUAUGUUAAUUUUAUUUUCUCAUGACUGAAUUUCCCAAAUUAGAGAACACUCAACAUGUUGGAGUAAAAUAGUGAAUAAUUGUCUGAUGUUAGUUGUGUGAGAUAUGUUUAUUUAGAUCCUCUGCUGUAUUGUUUUUGUCAGUUUGAAUGAACUAUCCUGUCUUUAAACUACUCUGAAACACAGAAUAA